GAAAAUGACUCAAUCUUUUCACAUCUUCACAUACUACUAAUCUGAAUGGAUUUUAAACUGGGGGCUGAAAAUUUGUUACUUAGUCACAUUUAAAGAUGCCUAGACGUGAUGAUGUGACCAGCUUUCCGCAGCAGUCAGUGUCACCUUUUGACCAGCGUGUGGUGUCUAAAUUCCUGAAGAUCAGGCCAAAGAUUCUGGGGGUUUUGGAAAUAUCAAUAGGUAUAACAAUGUUAAUCUUAACAAUCUGGACUGGAUUUUUAUAUCUCCUCUGGUCAUGUUUAAUUUCGAUUUUAACCGGAUCUGUGACGGUGUCAGCUGCAUAUACACGUAACACAUGCCGGGUCAGAAUCUCACAAUUUCUAAACUGUUUCAGUGCCAUAGCAGCUGCUAUUUACAUCCCAUUUCACUGCCUUGACAGUGAUGGUGUGACUCUAAUUCUCUUGGUUUUCUGUGAUGCUCUGGUCUUCAUCAUCUCUGUUAUAGUUACCUCGUCUUCCUGUGACUGCUGCAGGAUGAAGUCAAGACAUGUUGCAGUCAGUUACAUAAACCGAGAUGUGCCUUAUAUGACUGACAACAGUAUUGUGCUACCAGGCCCUUUUGCACCUCCACCAAACUAUGAUCCGAGUCCUUUAGAGCCUCCACCAAAAUACCAUCCAUAUCCUACACAUCCAGUGAACUACAACCCAAGUUCUUCAGCACCGCCACCAAUCUAUGAUCCAAGUCCUUCUGCCCCUCCACUAAGUUGUGAUCCAGGUCUUUCUGAACCUCCACCAAGCUACAAUCCAUGUCCUUCUGCACCUUCAGUGAACUAUUAAGAGGCCAUUUCUAGCCUGUUGAAGAAAUCAGCCGCAUUUUUGCAAUAGAGCAUUUUUCAAGCUUAAAUUUAAAAAAUGUAUAAUUUCCAAAGACACACUCUUAAAACAAUGUGACGGUUUCAUAUUUUCAGCAUUCAUUUGUGUUACCUCAUAAGCAUCCUUUAUAAGUGCACAAAUUGUAACUGUAAACAUGAUUUUUUAUUGUUUUUAUAACCUUAAAAUUGAUUUUGAAAUUCUGCUAUAAUCGACACGUCACAGAAACUAACAUUAGAGACGAUAUUGUAUUUAAUAUUGUAAUGUUAAACACAUUACUAUUUACUAUAAUUAUUAGAUGUAUGUGUGUAAAUACAAGAUGACAAGAUAUUAGUCAUCAUAAAACAUUAUCAAAAAGAGUCUCUGCCAGCGUUAGUGUUUGGUAUUUAUGACAUUUAAUCAAAAUAGCAGAUAUGACCAGUGUUCUAAAAAAAGAAAUAAUGCUGCAUACUGUAGGCUAUAGUAGGCUACCCUUUCCAAAAAGUAGUAUACUUCAAGUUUAUUUUAUUAAGUAUAUUUAAGUAAAGUUCAAGUAUAUUUUUAAGUAUACUUUAUGUAGUAAGUAUACAAAUAUCAGUGGACUAGUAGACUAAAUUGGCCCACUUUCUAGUAUAUAAAAGUAUACUUUUAAGUAUACUUUAAGUGUAACAGUAGUAAACUUUGAGUACACAACUAGUUUACAUUAAUGUUUUUAGUUUGUACUACAAUUAUUCUAAAAGUGAACAUAUUUAUACUGAUAGUUUACUAAUUAAAUACUUGUAGUAGCAUUUGUAGUACACUUUGAAGUAUAGUCUCAGUAAACCACUAGUCUAGUAGUUUUAUACUGGAAGUAUACUCGUACAUUUUUUAAAGUGAACUUUACGUCAUACUUUAAGUAUACUACUAUGUCCCUAUUAGGUAUUCAUUUGUUUUGAAUAUAAUUUUGUUAUUAUAAUAUGAAUAUCUGAACAUACAAAAUAUCAAAAGAAAGAACAGAGUAUCUGCUUGUAAACAGAAACAUUUUAUUCUAGCUUCAUGCAUUCUUUUUUAAACACUUGAAUGUGGGUAAGUUUCA